AUGGCCGAACAGCCUCAAGCGCCUCAGGUCUCGGGCAAAGCCAUGACGCCAGAGGGCAUCGCAGCCCUGUUAGCUUCUGCCUCAUCAUGGGCAGAUCCCGGCGCCCAGGAUCAAGGCAUGGCUCACAGGACUACGUUAUUGGGCGACGUUCUAUUUACUGCGCAGCAGCUGUGGUUUGCGGGGAGCGAGGAGCUUGAUCUUGUUGCGGAGAAGCUAGGCGACGGGAGUCGAGAUGCUUCAUGGAGACUUCCAUUAGGAGACUCAGGGAUUCUCGACUUCUUCCUUACCGUCGUCGCGGUACAGGGCUUACGCCCGGCGCUGAAAAGGCACACCUUGCGUCUUAUUGGGAACGCAUGUGCCGAUACAGAUGAAAACCGUGCUCGCGUCGUGGCCUCGAACGCGCUCCCGUCUAUCAUCGGCUUCCUCGCGGAUGAUGAAGCCCUACCCUUCGCCAUCCCCGUCCUCUACAACAUCCUAGUUGACUAUGAGCCAGCCCAGCAGGCAGCAAGUGCCUCUUCACUUAGUCUGGCCCUCGUAGACCUACUCACCAGCCCACGCCUCGCACACGUUCAACACCUGGUAGGCAUCAUCAGCAAAAUCCUUGCCCUACUCGCGACUCACGACACGGAAGCAACCCUGGCACCGCCUCACACCCCAGCCGUCCUCCUUACGAUCGCCUUAAAUCCUACCACCGACGCAGAAGACUUCGUCUCUCUGACAGCCGUCGCGCUGGCGUAUCUCACCCACGCGCCCAUCCAAGAGGCCCUCAUCACGACAAACUCCGUCCCCAUCCUACUAGCGACCUUCUACCACCUGCAAACCCAACUCGAGACAGUGAGGGUGGAAGAUGAAGACGCCGCAGUCCAGCUCCAAGCCCUUCCGCAAUCCUUCGUUCAGGUUCUAGCAGACAUUUCUUAUGCAGACAGCUUCACCAUUUACAACCCCAUCGGCUCCCCAGUUCUCCAAACUCUCCAAUCCUGGCUGUCCACGCCCAACGUCCACCUUCAAUCCGCCGCCUGCCUAUGCCUAGGCAACGUCGCGCGUUCCGACGAUGCCUCCGUGGCCUUCGUCAAGAACCACGCCGUCCACGUACCUCUAGUCUCCCUACUCAAAAUCUCCAAAGAUUCGAUCCUUCUCCACUCCGCCAUCUCAUUCCUCAAGAACCUCGCAAUCCCCUCGCAGAACAAGGCCGCACUAGGCGAGGCCGGCCUGCUAGAAGCCGAAAUACUCCCACGGAUCUGGGCACUGGACAUCAACCCGCAGGUCCAGUUUUCCGCCGUCUCCCUGACGCGGCUGCUGCUCGUAAACACCCCCUCCAACGUCCGCCGCCUCUGCGCCCCGCUGAACCCGGACCCCCUCUCCCCCUCUCACGACACGACGCAUUUCCACCGCCUUCUCGACCUUUUUGCGCGCUGCGACGCGGAACACACCAAGACAGAAGCAGCACGUGCCGCAGCGGCGGUCUGCCGUGUCUUGCACACCACACCGAUCUCACCCGUGCUGCCAGAAUGGGACCCCGCAGAAGAUGGCUACGUGUUCCGGCCCGAGAAGCCUCUUUCGCCCUCGGCUAUGGCGGAGGCGGACACCGACGGCGGCGCAAGGAGAAGAGAAAAGUUCUACCGUCAGCAUGCGGCUAUUAACAAGGCCCUCGCGUUCCUAGUCACGCAGACCAAGUUCCCUGUGCUCCGGAGCGAGGCAUGGUUCGUCUUUGCGCUGAUGUGCCGCGCCAGCGACGGCGCCGCAGUUGUGAUUCGCGCGCUGCAGGUGCCAGGGGCGUUCGAGGCUCUGACGGAAGCGAUUACGGGACAGAGUUUCUCCGGCGGAGAGACGCAGGAGAAGGCCAUUGCGAGCGGCCAGGAAGCCGUGAUUGUGGGUGCUGGCGCUGGUGCGGGGGACAGUACGGCGUUAGUGGAUGGGCUGGGGUUGGAGCCGCAACAGGCGGACCCUUCGCAGGCGGCUGGGAUGAAGAAGGUCGAUCGAGAGAACGGGUUGGUUAUGGUCUCAGAGCUGGUCAAGAACCAUGCAGAUGAGUUGCCUCCCGUGAGAAGGGCAGCAUUCGAAGAGAUGUUAAGGCAGGGCGGAGAGUUGCUUGUGGAUGAGAAGGGGAAGGGUAAAGCAUGA